CGUUUAUACCUCAUCAAUUUUGUGAGAUCUGUGACAGUGGGAAGCUUGAUUUUUGGACCUCAGAAUGGCUGAAAUCCAAUAGAUCACAGAUUAUUGUUAACAAGGAUUAUUUGGUGAAGCAUGAAGAUAGCAGUAGAGGGCUGUUGCCAUGGCGAGUUGGACGCCAUCUAUCAGACAUUAGAACUCCUGGAGCAGAAGAACAACAUCAAGGUAGAUCUAUUGCUGAUAUGCGGGGACUUCCAGGCAGUCAGGAACAUGGCUGACAUGGACUGCAUGGCCGUGCCACAGAAAUACAAGCAGAUGAACACCUUCUACAAGUACUACUCGGGAGAGAAGGUCGCCCCAGUUUUGACUGUGUUCAUUGGAGGAAACCACGAGGCAUCCAACUAUAUGCAGGAACUGCCAUAUGGCGGUUGGGUGGCCCCUAAAAUCUACUACAUGGGUUAUGCCAAUGUGAUUCAGAUAGCAGGUAUUCGUAUAGGAGGAAUGUCUGGCAUAUUCAAGGGCAAGGAUUAUAACAGAGGCCAUUUUGAGCACCCUCCCUACUCCGAGGACUCCAAACGUUCUGCGUACCACGUGAGGAACGUGGAUGUAUACCGGCUAAAACAGGUGAAGCAGCCCAUAGACAUCUUCCUCUCCCACGACUGGCCCAAGGGUGUUCACAAGUACGGGGACACUCACAGGCUACUCAAGCGUAAGAAGUUCCUACAGGAGGAGAUAGAACAGGACAGACUGGGCAAUCCAGCGGCCGCAGAUCUGUUGUACCUACUGCAGCCAGCUUACUGGUUCUCAGCUCACCUCCAUGUGAAAUUUCCUGCUGUUGUGAAACACUCGAACCCUCCAGAUGUCAAAAUAACCAAAUUUUUGUCUUUGGACAAAUGUUUACCCAGGAGGCAGUUUUUGCAGGUCGUUGAUGUUCCUCAUGAUGCCUCUAAGCCAAUAAAAUUGCAGCUAGAUGCUGAGUGGUUAGCCAUUUUGAAGCUGACCAAUCAUCUGCUGAAUAUAUCCCGCAAUCCCAGCUAUCCUGGUUCACUUCCAGGUGAAAGGAAAGAUUUCUCACCCACUCCAAAAGAGCUUCAGAACAUAAUAGACGACUUUGGAGGUAAUCUGGAUAUUCCAGAUAACUUUACACAAACAGUCCCAGUUUUUGACCCAGAAAAGUCGAAAAAGCAAAACCAGAUGCCACCGCCCCAGACACAGAUAAAUCCCCAGACAACUCUGUUGUGCAGCAUGUUGGAUCUCACAGAUCCCAACGCUGUUUUUCUGGGGAAGGAUUCGACACUUAAUCUUCCCGAAGACGCUGAUGGCGUUGACAAUGCUGCAGAGAGUGAUGGCACCGACGAUGUCGACGAAGAUUAUGAAAGUGAGCCGAGUUUUAUUUCAUUGUCUGGCAGUGAGCAGAGUUUUACAGAUCAGAGUUUCAGCAUUUUGUCAGCAAGCAACGAGAGUGGCUUGUCCAUAGGGCAGGCAAACGAUAGCAUUGCUUCAUUGGGGAAUGCUGACGAGAUUAAAAUUGACGAUGAAGAUGAUGAUGAUGAUGAUGAUGGCGUUAAACAGAUUACUGCUGUGACAGCUGGUUACUAUCAUGAAAAUACUAGUAUCGCAAAUGAAAGCAUGUCGCCUUUACUCUCCAGAAAGAGAUUGAGUUUGUCAGAGAAAUUGGAAAAAUGUAAGUCAAGUGACGACCUUAAUGAUACGCAGGAAAUUCAUGAUGAAGACGAAAAUGAGUUUGCAGCGAUCAUUGCAGCGCAGAAAGAACACAACUCGUCAAUCGAGCAGCUUUCACCAAAGAAGUCAAAAACAGAUUCCGAAGCAGUUGACGGUAAUUUGAGCAAGAACAGUUCUAGUAGCUUGGAUUGUCAGUCUCUAGAAAUCAGUGACGAUGAUCCAGAAUUGCGAGAAAUGCUUCGAGCACAGAAAGAUGCAGUAAACAGUGGGGAAAGUAAAGUGAUUGAAGUAUCUGUAGAAUGCGAGGACCCAGAACUCCAAGAAAUCGUAGCAGCUCAGAAGAAAAACCAGAAGGAAAUAGACUGCGUUCCGGAAUUACAGCGGGACUUUGAUCUUCAAAAACCAUGCGUUCAGUCAAGCCCAAUCGUGAAAAUGGAGGAGAGGUUUCAUUCAGAUGAUGGUGUGGGGGACAGGGGUUCGGGGAAAAGAACUGAAAUGCAAAAAAUGGAGGUGAAGAGUCCGGCAGCAAAGAAGUUUAAACGCAGAAAUCAGGACUUGUAUGUUAACGAGGAGAAUGAGGAAUUCUAAUGGGGCAAUGUUUGUGGUUCUUUAUAUAAAUGAGUCACAAUCUGGGAAAAUAGCGCUGAAUGCAUGUGUCACCCCAGAUAAGCCUGUGCUGUCCAUUCAGGUCAUCUUGAAGUCUCUUGUGACUGAGAGAAAUCAUAUACCUAUGUUCUUUACAAUUUCGUAAAUUUUAUACCAUAUUGUUAAAUUAAAGAUGUUUAUUUUUUCAAAAAGGUUAUUUCAAGGAACGCAUAUGUGAAGAGAUUCUAUUAACAUAUCAGUACAAUGUAACAAACCACAUGGUCAUAUAUUUUUGUUAGUUUGUUCAUUAAUUGUACUUUAAACAAGUAUAAUUCUUCAAAACCAUAUAUCAUGCAUAACAAAAAAGAAAAGUA